UCCGGCUGUGGCAUUGCUCCUUCUCGCCACGGAAGGUUAAGGGGGCGGGGCUUGCGGAAUCCGAGGAGCCGUCCUGAGAGCGUUCAACUCAGCGCUGGUCCUGAGAGAGUGCCGGCGAGCAGGCGCGUUAAUUGCCAUAGCCCAGCAAAAGCCAGGGUACCUAGGCACUGAAGCCAAUCACCGAAGGAACGCUUAGGCUGUGCCCCCUCUUCUUCUGCCCUGGCUCAGUUCGCGGGUGACUUGAGAGUGCACGCUGGUCAGGACUCCUCGCGUGGAGGUACUGAGCGUCUGUGCCCCGAAAGAGUGGCUACCCACCUGCCUGUGGGACUGCGAAGGGAGAAACUGCCACCGAAACAGCUGUUCCCAUGGCUCUUCUCUGCGCGCCUGGAAUUGGAUUCCAGACUGGGUUCCGGGAUGCUUCCUUUUGCCUUGUCCAAAUUUCACAGCACGUAUGUUGACGAUUGGAAUCUUGGGCCCAUCGAGAGUCAAAGUCAUAGUGUAUUCCAGAGCUCUCUAUUUCAGACUCCAACAGGUCUAAUUUGAGGCUAGAAGAGAAGGGUCUUGUGCUCUAACCAGGGGAUCUCCGUUCCAGAACUGUACUUGACAGAGCCCUCCGUACUGAUACGUGGACUGCAGCAGCUCCAGGAGUUCUCUUGGAAGAGGGAUGUGUGUGUUCUGAAGACCAGACCGCAACACUCAGAACUUCGACAAUGGACAGAGUUUAUGAAAUUCCUGAGGAGCCAAAUGUGGAUCAAAUUUCAUCUCUGGAGGAAGAUGUCAUACGAGGGGCCAACCCACGCUUUACCUUUCCUUUUGGCAUCCUCUUCUCCACCUUUCUGUACUGUGGGGAGGCUGCAUCUGCCUUGUAUAUGGUUAGAAUCUAUCGAAAGAAUAAUGAAACCUACUGGAUGACAUACACCCUCUCCUUCUUUAUGUUUUCAUCCAUUAUGGUCCAGUUGACACUCAUUUUUGUCCAUAGAGAUCUGGCCAAAGAUAAGCCUUUAUCGCUGUUUAUGCAUCUAAUCCUCUUGGGGCCUGUUAUCAGAUGUUUGGAAGCCAUGAUUAAGUACCUCACAUUGUGGAAGAAGGAAGGGCAGGAGGAGCCCUAUGUCAGCCUCACCCGAAAGAAGAUGCUAAUAAAUGGUGAGGAGGUGCUGACAGAAUGGGAAGUGGGCCACUCCAUCCGGACCCUGGCUAUGCACCGCAAUGCCUACAAACGUAUGUCACAGAUUCAAGCCUUCCUGGGCUCAGUGCCCCAGCUGACCUAUCAGCUCUAUGUGACCCUGAUCUCUGCAGAGGUUCCCCUGGGUAGAGUUGUGCUAAUGGUCUUUUCCCUGAUAUCUGUCACCUAUGGGGCUACCCUCUGCAAUAUGUUGGCUAUCCAGAUCAAGUACGAUGAAUACAAGAUUCGCCUUGGGCCACUAGAAGUCCUCUGCAUCACCAUCUGGCGGACAUUGGAGAUCACUUCCCGCUUGGUGAUUCUGGUGCUCUUCUCAGCCACCUUGAAAUUGAAGGCUGUGCCCUUCUUAUUGCUCAACUUCCUGAUCAUCCUCUUUGAGCCUUGGGUUAAGUUCUGGAGGAGUGGUGCCCAGAUGCCCAAUAACAUUGAGAAAAAUUUCAGCCGGGUAGGCACACUGGUAGUGCUGAUUUCAGUCACCGUACUCUACGCUGGCAUUAACUUCUCUUGUUGGUCAGCCAUGCAGUUGAAGUUGGCAGACAGGGAACUUGUUGACAAAGACCAGAACUGGGGACAUAUGGGCCUGCACUAUAGUGUGCGGUUGGUAGAGAAUGUGAUCAUGGUCUUGGUUUUUAAGUUCUUUGGAGUGAAAGUAUUACUAAAUUACUGUCAUUCCUUGAUUGCCUUGCAGCUCAUUAUUGCUUAUCUGAUUUCCAUUGGCUUCAUGCUCCUUUUCUUCCAGUACUUGCAUCCAUUGCGCUCACUCUUCACCCACAAUGUAGUAGACUACCUCCACUGUAUCUGCUGCCACCGACACCCUCAGGGCAGAGCUGAGAACUUGGAGCCAUCCUUUGAAGCUGAAGCAAGGCAAAACAUUGUCUGAUUCUAGUCUUCUGGGUAUUUGGGGAUGGGUUCGGGUUUUCCAAGAGCAACUGUGAAAUCAAAGGAAAAGAGAAGACUCUUGGGUGGGUACCUACCAGGAUAUUUUCUUGGGUUUUCACAUAAGCCCAUCAAAAGAAAGAACAGCCACCAAAUAGGUUUUAUUUCCUCAAGACUGCAAUAUUAGAACACCAGGAGUAUCCAUUAUGGAAGGGUCAAAGAUACCAUUCACUGUCCCAUCCCCCACUCAGGUCUGGCUGUCCUAUGGGAUAACUUACCUCCAGGGCCCUUAGGCUUUCUGUAACUUUCCAGCUCUGCUCAUUUGCUUGAGGCUUCACUGAGCUUUUCCAGGCUCAGCUGUAAGCUCAGAAUCCCACCAGAAUAUAUUCUGACUGAUCAGAGAAUGUGAGAGUGGUUUGGGCCUUUUUAAUUCCAAUGAGAAGCUCUGGCUAAGAGGAUGGCCCCUAUUGUUAAAAGAGCUGCUACCCUAAGGAGCUCUCCAUUAGGAUUUAGCUAGUGGUGGUUCUUCUUUCAGUGGCCCUUCAUAGGCAGAAUAGGAUUCCUUUAGGGCACAAGCCAGACUAUCUCAGGGACCUGCAAGGGCCUCCAGCUUGCAGUAGAGUGGUGGAGUGAAAUCUCUUACUUUACUGCCUCAUUAACAGGGAUUCCCUCCAACCCAGCUUUUUUUGUGCUCUUGGUGUUUUACUACUUGACAUGGACCUCAGAGAAGCUGAACUGUAAUUGAAAAUGUUUCUAAUGUGUGGAAGAAAUGAAGACUGCCUUGUGUCUGCUA